AUGAGUCUCGAACGUUCGUUACUUAUUGCAGCAAGUUUUCUUGGGAUUCUGCAGUUGACUCUUAGCAACUCUGAGUGUCCUCUAGAUACUAUGACACCUCAAGACAACUUUACGAAAGUCUUAGACAGAAAAAAACGACACCUGGUUCUUCCCAAGAGCACCAGUUUUGUGCUAACUCUAACUGGACUGAAAGCGAUUCAAGUGAAAGAACCAACAAACUGGAACUUAGAUCUGGAAUUCGAUAUGAUCUGGCCAAUCCCACAGGACGAAAAGAAUAAAAACAAGGAAAGAAAAAAGAAUAAUAAAAAAAUGAUAAAAAAAAAUUAUUACAAGUUACGUAGACACAAGAGAGAUUUUUAUGAUACGUUUGAAGCAGCUCUUAGCAGACUUGGUUUGCCGGGAAAAAAUUGCGUACUGAGGACGAUUUGUGAAGCGAAAACCUUCUUACAUCCACCAGGAAUUUCUUUCAUCGAUGAUUUAUUGCGUGUAAUAUUAAGCCAUGAAGAAAAUAUGAAACACCUGGAUUCUUAUGAUUUUGCAUAUAAAACUCGUGGAAAUUGUGGUAAUAUUUACAAAUGUCCUGUAUCACUCCUACAUUUAUUAUUAAAUUCUCAUUAA